CCUGAUCGUGAUCGAUCAACGAGAGAAAGAGAGAGAAAGAGAACGGUCACUCCACGGAGACGCAAAGCAACGGCAAAGUAAACAGGCAGAGUCCGCUCUCUUCGCUCUUCACGUGCUGCAUUAACGCCUUUGGUGUUCGACGCACAGCUCUUUUCCGGCGAUCGAUAGGCACACGCGCGGUGGGUGGUGUGUAUGUGUGUGUGUGUGCGGUGACGCGCUGUCGUCGAGAACGAUCACCCAGACCCAGCAGCGGCAGUGUGUUCGCGAACGAGGGUCGAGAGGAAAGAGCCGAGCGCCGGAUCGAUCGAUUCCGGCCGUGUAAUUCUCUGAUCGCCGCCGCUACCUGCAUGAAGGCGAUGGUGGUGAGCCCGGUGAGCGGCAGAGUGCCGCCCAACCAUCGCGGCGUGCUGCACAACGGCUUGGGGAUCGGUGGCACCAGACGCGACCUCGAGGCCGAGGAGGUCGCCGCUUACCUCACCAAAUUGCGCUCCCUCGUGCCGGAUAUGCCGCGCAAGCGGAAGCUGUCGAAGCUCGAGGUGAUCCAGAGGGUGAUCGAGUACAUCUGCGACCUGCAGACCGCUCUGGAGGAGACGAAUGCGGCGCAUCAAGACGCGAAGACGAUGACGAUGACGACGACGACGACGGCGACGGCGACAGAGUCGACGACGCAGUCGUCCUCGAGGCAACCCCUGCUGAACACCAUCACGUCGGCCGCCACGACGACCACUACGACGUCCGUCGUAACGGCGACGGUCGCCGAUCGGUGACCUGUUGGUCGGACCCACUAGGGUACAGGUCGUAUUGAGGCCACCCUCCUCGUGGACUAGAUGGAUCGCUCUGCUCUUCAAAAAGGACCGUUCGUCCGCCGAUCUACCCUCGAUCUGGGCAGUCACGGGAGGUAUCGAUCAUCGCCCGGAAGAGAAAACUACCCGGCAGACCACGUUCGAGGAACGCACCUACAUGCGAGGACGAGAAUAUAUUUUGAUCAAAGAGACAUUUUGAUCAAAAAAAAAAAAAAAAAAAGAGCGAGUCCAAGCGCCGAUUUUUUUACCCUUCUCUUCCGCGAAGGGAAAUUGUAAAUACAUUUGUACAUACGCUCAUCGCCAUUCCACACGAGAUCUCUCACGGUUAUAAGGACCCGGCACGAAUUUCCCCUCUAUCCCUCUUUUUUUUCGCUCUCCCCCUUUAGGAUCUUAUCAUUCCAAUUUUUCUUUCCUAACCGACCGCGCGACACCGAUCGAAUCGGCCGCGGGACCAGCGGUUCGAUUGUCAUCGCGAUCUCUGGUCUUUAGAGGCCCCCGAUUGACGGACUGUGGAAGCCCCAUACAGCACAGAUCCAUCCACACAACGCAAUUCUCUGCAAAAUAUGUCCUAAAGAUAUCCAGAGGAUUUUCGAGAACAUCCUUAGCAUAUUACUCGGAGAAGUGUGCUGUGGGCAGCAAUAUUGCAGCAACAUUGCAAAUUUGCUUGCAAUAAGUCUGUUCGCGUUGCUUGAAAU